AACGUGCAAUACAAUGAUUGCAGAAAUUGUUAACGACAAUCCCAAGGCCAACUGUCCCCAACCCGAAGCAGAGAUCUGCCCCGAAUCACCCGUCUCUUCGACUCUGGAAAACAGGCAGCUAUUUAUCACAAGCGGCUCUUCCAGGAGGGAUACACAGACGUCCUCUGGAAGCAUCAACCCAGAAGAGAGCAGUAUCAAACCCUUGGUAUCUUCAGCAGCUGCAACCACUAUUUACAGUAUGACAUCGGGAGAAUUCAUGCAGACCGCUCCCAUGUUCGUGCAGAAAUCCAAGAGGAACAUCUUGUACAAGAUCCUGUGCUUUCUUAUCCUCAUCUUCCAGGGCGGAAUCCUGGACUUCUACCUCAUUAUAUUCACAGAUCUCUACUGGUGCUCAUGGAUAGCCACGGACCUAGUGGUGAUUUCGGGCUGGGGUAUAUUCUUCAUGAAGAACGCCAGAAGCAAACGAGAACGGGCUUGUGGUUUCCACCAGAAGAGCUCCAUAUUCGGUUGCAACCUUGGGGAGUUCACCUACGCCUACUUAGCUUGGCUUAUUUACGUUAUCGCCUGCACCCCUAAAGUGGUGCUCAUUUUGGAGAUGUCGAUCCUGGACCUCAUCACGCUCAAAGUUCCGUUUGGGGUCACUGGUUUUAAGAUUAUAAUGCUUCUCUCAGCGCCUCUGCUAUACUGCCUUAUCAAUUCCAUCAUCGAGGACCUUAACGGGGCGACGCGACACCACUCCCAAAGCUGCUUCGUGAGCACCUGCCUGGAUCUCAUUGACAGCUUCACCUUAGUAGAGAUGCUACUUAAGAACGAGAUACCUACAGUCUACCUAAAGUACACGGUUAUUUCAGUCUAUUUCAUAGCCUUGGUCGUUCCAGUCAUGUGGCUUUACGAGCUGACGGCCUCUGAGAUGCGCUGUCGCUGGAUUUGGGCCAGGUUCUUUGCUGGUGUGCUGGUCAACGCGCCCUUGUUGGUGGUCAGAUGCUUUCAAGUCUAUGUUUACAAAAUGCCCGUAUCGGUUUUUAUGUUCAAGAAUAUGUUCCUCCUGGGCUGCAAGUGCCUGGAGCUGAUUGAACAAUGCGUAGCAAUGAGAGGCGUCAGGAGGUUCAAUGGAAGCAACCCGGCGCAAUUCUCGCACUGCGUCUCCGAAAAUGACAUGUGUCCCCAUGGCUAUGUCAAUACUUUGGCUGUCACCACUCAGUCGUAGAUCUGUCAUUUUCUCGUGCGUGGGGGGAUCUGUACCUGCAUCAGCGGCAGGAUUUUGAUGGACAGGUGUCAACAACAGCCUUACAGACUCACUCAAAUAGGUUAGUCAACAGGUGCUACAGUCAAAGCCGAGUAAUUAUGCACCCCGAACACCUACAAUGGACAUUUCAAGAUGCUUAUUUAGCGAUUAUUCGUCAAUAUGCGAUGUUCUUGUGAAGUUGUGGUUGUUUGUUGUCUGGGAACAUAAAUAAUUGACAUGCACUUAAAAUAGGAGUCACUUUAUAAGAUAUAUAUAUAUAUAUAUAUAGAGAGAGAGAGAGACUGAGAGAGAGAAAGAGAGAGAGAGACGAACUGAUCCUGUCAUCCUCAAGAUACUAUAAGUGCAAGAUCAGAAUAAGUAUUUUAAAAUUGAUAACCUGGAUAUGUUAUAAUUAUAAACAUAAUAUGGUGUUUUAUAUCGAUUCAAAUAUUGUAUUCUAGUGUGUGGUAACUCCCAGUACUGUUUCCAACACAAUGAUUAGGCUUCUACCAUGUUCCUGGAGAGCUACCAUCCAGACUGUUUUCACUUCAACCUCAAUUUGGCACACCUGAUUCUACUAAUUAGCUGGAUGAUGAGCAGAAUGAGGAUACAUUAUUUGCAGUUGAAAUGAAAACCUACAGGAUGGUAGCUCUCCAGGACCAGAGUUGGAGGCCCCUGGGCUAGUGGAACAUAUGCGUAAUUUAAUAUGCGUAAUUUGAAUGCUUAUAGGCUAUUGAACAGGUCAUGUUAUGUUUUCUACACUGAAAUUAAGUUGUUGAUGUUACUCAUGAAUAUGGUGUGUAGUUUCCUCUUAAGAAAUCUCUAGAAGUUAAUGUUAGUCUACCUUGUAACAGUAUAGAUGACCUUGAGAUAGGCCAAGAGGUCGAGUCUAUCUAGAGAUAACACGAACACGAAAAGUAUUCCGAUCAACUGUUCCUUAUUCGAGACAAGACCUACCUCUACAUUCAAUCUUGGUCUUCUCUUGAACAUAUACUGUCAUUUUUGAUCGAUGAGAGAUGUAUACAAUUAUAGCCAUUGCACUUUGUCACUCGAGCUCCAUUUACUAGUGAUAACAUUUCGAUCGAAAAAGGCGAGACAAUCUCUUCUGAUGCUAAGGUGCUAUUGAUGCAGGAGCAAUGUAGUGACAUGCAAACAUGACAACAUUCGUAUGGUUUGCCAUCUUGCACCCUUCAAACAGUCAUGGUUAAUCAAUAACAAGCUUGGUUUUGUGUCGACACCAAUACAUGACUCAGAUUCAUCCGUUCUUGUAUCAUCCUUUCCCUUUAUGUUUAAUAUAAACAAUAAUUCACAAUCAAAAGGACAAGUCCCAAAUAAAGAACUACAAAUGACUGGCUUGUUCCACCAUGCAUACAGCGGUCAUUUAGUCAUUUUAUUUCCCAGUGCCUCAACCCAUGGCUAUUAUUGUUUUAUAUAAACAAAUAAUAAUGUAUCCUGGUGAUGACAUUAUGAACUUUAUGAUGACUUGUGCAAUUUUAUAUUGUUUUUAUUGUUGUUUUUAAUGGAAAAAAAGAAUAUGCAGGGUGCCUUUUGUGCAGUGCACUGUUGGUUUAAUGCAGUUGGAUAGAUUCUUAUGGGUUUUUAUCAUGAGACAAAUUAAGCUUAUCUUCUUGAACAUGAGUUGCCAAACUGAAAAAAUCGACCAGUUACAUAUAUAUGAUUAAAUAUUAU